AUGGUAAUCAAGGUUUAUUUUAGGGGGGGAUCCAUUUCCAAGCAUUACUACUUCGAAAGCAAAACCAUAGACCUCCCUCAAGUCAACAAGCUACUACCCUUAUGUCUCUCCCGAGUCCCUAGCUACUACCCUCUCACUUCUGUCUCACCUGAGUCCAUAGCUACUACCCUUCUCGCUCUCGCAGUUCCUAGCUACUACCCUUCUGUCUCUCCAGUUCCUAGCUACUACCCUCCUGUCUCUCCAGUUCCUAGCUACUACCCUCCUGUCUCUCCAGUUCCUAGCUACUACCCUUCCGUCUCUCCAGUUCCUAGCUACUACCCUUCUGUCUCUCCAGUUCCUAGCUACUACCCUUCUGUCUCUCCAGUUCCUAGCUACUACCCUUCUGUCUCUCCAGUUCCUAGCUACUACCCUUCUGUCUCUCCAGUUCCUAGCUACUACCCUUCUGUCUCUCCAGUUCCUAGCUACUACCCUUCUGUCUCUCCAGUUCCUAGCUACUACCCUUCUGUCUCUCCAGUUCCUAGCUACUACCCUUCUGUCUCUCCAGUUCCUAACUACUACCCUUCUGUCUCUCCAGUUCCUAGCUACUACCCUUCUGUCUCUUCAGUUCCUAGCUACUACCCUUCUGUCUCUCCAGUUCCUAGCUACUACCCUUCUGUCUCUCCAGUUCCUAGCUACUACCCUUCUGUCUCUCCAGUUCCUAACUACUACCCUUCUGUCUCUCCAGUUCCUAGCUACUACCCUUCUGUCUCUGCAGUCCCUAACUACUACCCUUCUGUCUCUCCAGUUCCUAACUACUACCCUUCUGUCUCUCCAGUCCCUAACUACUACCCUUCUGUCUCUCCAGUCCCUAACUACUACCCUUCUGUCUCUCCAGUCCCUAACUACUACCCUUCUGUCUCUCCAGUUCCUAGCUACUACCCUUCUGUCUCUGCAGUCCCUAGCUACUACCCUUCUGUCUCUCCAGUCCCUAACUACUACCCUUCUGUCUCUCCAGUCCCUAACUACUACCCUUCUGUCUCUCCAGUCCCUAACUACUACCCUUCUGUCUCUCCAGUCCCUAACUACUACCCUUCUGUCUCUCCAGUCCCUAACUACUACCCUUCUGUCUCUCCAGUCCCUAACUACUACCCUUCUGCUUUGAGACGCGGGUGACCUUUCACACUGACUAUCUCUUCCUGGUGUCAUCUCAACCAUAGCGUUAAAACAUCUCUACUUCUAGCCUCUCUAUCAUCUCAUCUCGGUUGAGCCUUUAAUCAGUGUGACAACAUUACUACUGUAGACCCACCCUGGGCCAAACAAGGAUGUCUCUCGUCGUCCUUUCGGAAUUUGAUUUGUGAAUGUGUUCUAUAUUCCAUUUAUAGCUUGUUGUAUGAGCUCAGACUUGUCUUCUGGGUGACAUUGACACGGAUGAUGAUGCGUUCAUCUUUGCAUUCUGUCUCUUCACACCUAGUCAGUGUUUUAACUGGAACUACAACAAUGUUCAGGGAUUCAAUACUAUGCUUUUCAGUAAUUACUACAGUAUAUGCAACUCGUGCAGAAUGGUGCAAGUGCGUACAUACUUGCAUUGCUGCAGGAGCGACUUUCACACCACUGUAGCAUUUUUGUAAACAGUUAAUCUUGUCUAUUGAUCUUUUAAUUAUUUGCAGACCUGAGCUUUUGCGUAUUAGACAGAGAGCAGGUGGGCAGGUGCCAAAUCAAACAAUUAUUACUUUACCUCUAUCUGAAAGACAGUGGAACGGACUUUAGGGAAGGCCCAACUGCAUUACUCGAUUGUGUCUGUACUCUCGGGGGGUAAAGGCUGCAGUUGGCCGGUGGUCUCGCAGCGGAUGUAGGCUCUAUCACAAUUUGUCUUUCCUUCAUUCCUUGAUUCCUCACAUCCUAUCUCCUUGCCUAAUAUGGUUGAGGAGGAGGAGGAGAGGGGAUGCAAGGAUUCAAGGACAUUUUAAUUGAGAAAGCCAUAGAAUGGUGGCCGUUACUGUGAAUCCCCCCUCCCUCCCUACACACUGGAACCCUGUAGCGCUCAGCAAUACAACUAGCAAGCAAAGGGCAUUGGAGGAAGAGUGGAAGGGGCAGCAGUUUCCAAGCAGUUAGCGGUGAACCAACAAACAGAUAUACAAUCACUACAGUACUACUGCAUUAUUUUGAUUGUCAUAUGUGCUUUUGAGAAAAAAUAAAUAUGUAGCCAUGAUGUGUUCCUCUGAUGAUUUCUGGUAUUUUGAGGGUAUCAUUUUGUGUAACUGAUUUUAUUUUUAAACCACAGCUACUUGUACAGAGCUGAUUUCACUGUACAGACGUUUUAAACCCCAAACCACACUACAAUCUUCUUAGUUGAUCAGACCUUGGCCUUCUUGGGAGAUUUGAUUUCUUUCAGAUAAACUUCAGAAAGCCCAAUGACAUUUGACUUCAGGUUGACUGGAAUAUUAAAAUGCACAUUAUGUAAAUAUACAUGUCAUUUUUAGAUUGUAGAUGAUGGAUAUAGCAUGAGGUUGUUUCUAUUGUUUUUAGAAUAUAUCACAAAGAAGCAAAAAAAUCCCUGAUAAAUUAAUUAUUCCAUAAUAAGAUUUUACCUGUUUAUUUUGUAUAUCUAUGUUUUUAAAUUGUAUCAAUUUAUGACCCAAAUGGCCCGAAACGGUCACUCUUCCUUCCCCAGAUGAAACUAAUUUCUUUCUAAGGUGGUCUGAUAAAAAUCCCCUCAAAUGAAACUCUGAAUCAAUAGUUUUACCAUUUUCACACUACUGAGGUGAGCCAAACUAAGCCGAACCGAGUCGGUCUGGGGUGGCCUGGUUAAGCAUCCACCAUAGUUGCUGAAAAUGACAAUGUGAUCGGAAAAUAUCAGAGCCAGCAAAUUAUGGUUUGGGUUGGCUCAGUAGUGUGAAAACGGUCAUUGUUUUACCUCAGACAUCCUAGCUCAGACCCCAGAUGUUACACUACAGCAUUGAGAUACCAUUGCUACAAUAUUCCAGCAGUGUUGCACGAAUGUUAUCCCUUGUAUGUGACCAGCAGACAGUGUUUUCUGUAACACACUUCCUCUCAAAACAACACUAAAGCUAAACCUAGGUUAGCUUUGGUUCUGUAUUUGCUGAUAGUCAAACAGUGUGACUUGGCACAAAUGACUGUUCUAUUGGCUAGUGGACUUGCCAAUAAUUUUUAUGCUUUGCAAGUUAUUUAACAAACUUUUUCAGAUGCCUGGUUGGAAGUGGAUGUUAAAUAUUGUACAGAGAAAUUGUAUGCUAUUGUCCCUAAAAUAAAGUAUAGUGACUGCUCAUUG